AUGCAAAAAGGGAUCCGGCUACUCUGGGAAGAAAGGACACGAAUGAGGGAAAGCAGGCUUUCCCUCAGCCAACAGCGAAAAUCACUGGGAAUCGAAGGGGUGAUGUGUCCAUUUGUGGUUGACCAGUUGUCAAAAGCAAUAUAUAUCACGAACAUAAAAGAAAAAGUUGCGAAUGUAGGGAUCAGUAGACAAAAGGAAAAAGAAAAAUAUUAAACAAAAAUGUAGUACUGUUUAAAUGUUAUAUGAGAUGUUGGACAGCUUACC